AACGGCAGCGGCUACGGCGACGACGACGUCAACAAUGACAAAAGUCACGGAAAACGCUCCCGAACGCUAGCGCCCAGAGUAAACACAAAGGCAAAGCAACAGGCAGCCGUGACAGUCGUUAUCAAGCGUUUAACGUGUAAAGAACACAUGUUUCGUUAAUACGGCGAAGAUUUGCGAAAUUGUGAAAAUAUCAAAUUCACACACUUGUAAGUUACGGAAGUGAAAAGUCCCGUACAAUUCGUUCGUGAAAUUUUAGUUUGUAUUUUGGAAAAUUUUUCCGAAAAACAGGACGCGUUUCGGUACUUCGGUGCAUGCUGUCAUUGUAUUAGUGUAUUUGAUUUGACUUGAGUGCCGCGAUAAUCGUGACGACGCGCCUGAAAGAUCUUCCCGCUAUCAACUGCCAUUGAUAAGAAAGCCAAAGUUCGUUGUUCAGAAAACUGUUUGAUUACGAAUAUUCGAAAUACAUUUUCGCAUUUAUGAAAUUUAUCGUUGCUUUUCUAUAUUAUCUGUGUAAAUAAAUAAGUGUGUUGUAUAUUUUAAAAAGUGUUUUGUAUCAAAAGUGUGUAUGAAACUUAAAAACAAAACAUCUGUUGUUGCCUGCACUAAAUAUAUCUACAUAUAGAUUGAAUCUCGUUUUACAAUUCACGUCUGUUUUUGGUUUCCUUGCGGGAAUUUUGAAGAAUUGAGUUUUCACUAUUUUCCUACAACACAGACUGCUUCCCUUUAAUAUUGAAAUAACCUAAAAAAGUGAAGAAUUUUCCAUAGUAUUUAACGGUGCUAACUAGGAAAUCGUUUUAUAAACAAUCUAACAUCAAAUACUACUAAGACAGAUUUUUUCAAAAUGCCUAAAAAAACAAACAGUUUGCAAAAAUGGCGCCAAAGUAAUCGCAAAGUUAUUAUUGGUCUUUGUGGAUUCUGUUUGGGCAUUUUUGGCGUGUUAUGUGGCAUGUUUUGGGAGCAAAUCUUCAACAGCAUAAUGGAAAAGGAAAUGACCCUACGACCCGACUCACAGGUCUACGACAAAUGGAAAACUCCACCAAUGGCUUUAAGUUUAGAUGUUUACUUUUUCAAUUGGACAAAUCCAGAAGAUUUCAAAAAUCUCACUACGAAACCGAAUUUAGUGCAGUUGGGUCCCUAUCGAUUCACAGAGAAACAAGAUAAAGUCGAUAUCAAAUGGAAUCCGGAAAACGCCUCAGUGACAUAUAGGAGAAAGAGUGAUUUCUAUUUUGAUGAGGAAGGUAGCAAUGGAAGCUUAGAUGAUACGAUAGUCACAUUGAAUGCUGUGGCAUUGUCCGCCGCCGGUAAGGCCAAACGUUGGGGCAGUGUGCGCCGCAAUUUAGUCGAUGUAGGUUUGAAGUUAUAUGGUCAGGAACUGUCUAUAACUCGCUCAGUCGAUGAAAUGCUCUUCACCGGCUAUAGUGACGAUAUGUUGGAAAUGGCACGUGCUAUGCCACUUUUCGGCAAGGAUGUUGAAGUGCCGUUCGAUAGAUUUGGCUGGUUUUAUACGCGUAAUGGCAGCGCCGAUUUAACUGGUGUUUUCAAUGUUUAUACUGGCGCUGAUGACAUUUCGAAAAUCGGUCAAAUGCACAAUUGGAACUUUAAAGAGCACACCGGGUUCUUUCAAUCAACUUGUGGUUUAAUUAAUGGCUCAGCAGGUGAAUUUCAUCCACCAUACUUGAAGGAGAAUGGUAGCGUUGCGCUUUUCACGCCCGAUAUGUGUCGUACAGUGCCAUUGGAUUAUACAGGAACCGCAGAGAUUGAAGGCAUUCGUGGUUUCAAGUACAGUGGUGGCGCGCGUUCCAUUGAUAACGGCACCCUCUAUCCCGAGAAUAGUUGUUUCUGUGGUGGUGAAUGUGUUCCUUCGGGGGUUAUGAAUAUUUCUUCGUGUCGUUUUGGUUCGCCCGUAUUCAUGUCAUAUCCACAUUUCUACAAUGCUGAUCCAUAUUAUGUGGAACAAGUCGAUGGCAUGGCGCCGGAGCAGGAUAAGCAUGAGUUCUACAUGGUGUUGGAGCCACGCACCGGUGUUGCUUUGGAGGUAGCUGCGCGUUUCCAAGUCAACAUGCUUGUUGAACCGAUUAAUGGAAUAACUUUGUACGAGAAAGUGCCACGCGUCUUCUUCCCACUCAUCUGGUUCGAGCAGAAGGUACGCAUAACACCCGAACUAGCCGCCGAUUUAAAGAUGUUACCGCAAAUACUCAUAGGCGGACAAAUAUUCGCUUGCGUCUGCUUUGGCAUUGGUCUAAUAUUGCUCUGUUGGUAUCCCAUUGAAAUUCUUUGUACACGUCAGCGUUCUGUCGAUCUCAAAACUAUGCCAACAGCUGUUGAAAACGGCAAGAAAACAACAAUAUUCUCCAGUGUCGAGGAACUCAAAAAUCGACCGAUACCUAAUGUUGUUGUAAACAACAAAACGCUUGAUAGUUCACCUCUAUUGGAUCGUACGAAUGGCAAGCCGGUUACGGUAGUGCCAAAGUCGGAGACAAAUGAAAGUGUUGCCACCACAACAACAGCCACAAAUUGUAGCGUCAUUAGCGACAAUGUAAAGGAAUAAUACCUUGGGUAUAAAUUCGUAAUACAACUCAUUUUGGAAGCAACCAAAUUAUACGUCCUAUUGUAUGCCUUUUUUAUAGAAUGUAGUUAAGUGCUUUGUAAAUUCGAUAUAGUGUUGUAAGUACAAUUUUUGGCCUAGCAACAGAAACUGUUAUUCCAUUUUGUAUUUAAAAAAUGCCGUUAGAAUAUUAAGUACAAUUAUACAACAUACUAUUUACAAAUUAUAAAUGGAAUACUCUAGUUAACUAAUUGUAAUCUGCAACGUUGAGUGUAAAAGUAAAGUAAUCGGAGCAUAGCACUGCGAAAUGGUGCUAGCGAAGCAUUUUUUCUACGAAAAUCUCUCCUAGGACAAAGAGCGUUCACUCUUUACGCUCUGUAGAGCUAUGCGUGUCCCGCUCAGCCUUACAAGAAACGUUCACUAUACGUAUAAAUAUCUAUAUCGUAAUCUACACUUAAAAUAACAUGAACAAUAUAGAAUUUAAGUAGAUAUUACCGAUAUAACAUGGCAUAAUAUAGUAUGAUAAUGUCAAAUGUUUUUUUUAUAGUAAUGUCAAUGGGCAUCGAUCAGGCAUUAGUUGUAGUAAUAUUAGCAAGUAGUUAGUUUUUUAUACACAAAUUACACAACUUAGCAACAAAAACAAGAUGUGAUAAACCAAAUGUCCAGGAAAAAGAUGGCCUCAAUCAAAACCAGAUAUUAAUUAUCAUAAGUUUAUUAGUAUACAUACAUAUAUAAUAUGACAGAGAAAAACGCAUUGAAAAUUUUUAUCUAAGUAAUUUUGUAUUUUUAUAAAUGAUAAAAUACUAUUUUUAUAUGCAUAGUGAUACCAAAAUUGUACUACUCAAAAUAAAAACUAGUAAUAAAAAUCAUAAAAAAA